GCGGCGGCGGCGGCGAACAAAGAGGCGGCGGGCGCGGGCGGCCGAGCGGAGCCGAGCGCAGCCGAGCCGGGCCGAGCCGGGCCGAGCCGGGCCGAGCCGGGCCGGGCCGGGCCCAGGAGUGCGCGGAUGAUGCGGGCGGCCAGGCGGGGGUCGACGGGUCCCUGAAGCCCGCGCCCCGGGCCAGCAAGGGAGCCCCGCGCAGGCCGCGCGCAUCCGGAGGCGGCCGGGCCCCGCCAUGGCCGGGGUCAGCUACGCGGCGCCCUGGUGGGUGAGCCUCCUGCACCGGCUGCCCCACUUCGACCUGAGCUGGGAGGCCACUAGCAGCCAGUUCCGGCCCGAGGACACCGACUACCAGCAGGCGCUGCUGCUGCUGGGGGCCGCCGCCCUGGCCUGCCUCGCCCUGGACCUCCUCUUCCUGCUCUUCUACUCCUUCUGGCUGUGCUGCCGGCGGCGCAAGAGCGAGGAGCACCUGGACGCCGACUGCUGCUGCACGGCCUGGUGUGUCAUCAUCGCCACGCUGGUGUGCAGCGCCGGCAUCGCAGUGGGAUUCUACGGCAACGGGGAGACCAGUGAUGGCAUCCAUAGGGCCACCUACUCGCUCCGCCACGCCAACCGCACGGUGGCCGGGGUCCAGGACCGCGUGUGGGACACGGCGGUGGGGCUGAACCACACGGCGGAGCCCAGCCUGCAGACCCUGGAGCGGCAGCUGGCCGGGCGGCCCGAGCCCCUGCGAGCCGUACAGAGGCUGCAGGGCCUGCUGGAGACGCUGCUGGGCUACACGGCCGCCAUCCCCUUUUGGAGGAACACGGCGUUGUCGCUGGAGGUGCUGGCGGAGCAGGUGGAUCUCUACGACUGGUACAGGUGGCUGGGCUACCUGGGCCUGCUGCUGCUGGACGUCAUCAUCUGCCUCCUGGUGCUGGUUGGCCUCAUCCGCAGCUCCAAGGGCAUCCUGGUGGGGGUCUGCCUGCUGGGAGUCCUGGCCCUGGUCAUCAGCUGGGGCGCGCUGGGCUUGGAGCUGGCUGUGUCCGUGGGCUCCAGCGACUUCUGUGUGGACCCUGACACCUACGUGACCAAAAUGGUGGAGGAGUACUCGGUGCUGAGUGGGGACAUCCUGCAGUACUACCUGGCCUGCUCGCCCCGCACCGCCAACCCCUUCCAGCAGAAGCUGUCGGGCAGCCACAAGGCACUGGUGGAGAUGCAGGAUGUCGUGGCUGAGCUUCUGAGGACCGUCCCCUGGGAGCAGCCGGCCACUAAGGACCCCCUCCUCCACGUCCAGGAGGUGCUGAAUGGCACGGAGGUGAACCUGCAGCACCUCACCGCCCUGGUGGACUGCCGCAGCCUGCAUCUGGACUACGUGCAAGCGCUGACCGGCUUCUGCUAUGACGGCGUGGAGGGCCUCAUCUACCUGGCCCUCUUCUCCUUCGUCACAGCCCUCAUGUUCAGCUCCAUCGUCUGCAGCAUCCCGCACACCUGGCAGCAGAAGAGAGGCCCUGAUGAGGACGGGGAGGAGGAGGCCGCUCCAGGGCCGCGGCAGGCGCACGACAGCCUCUACCGCGUCCACAUGCCCAGCCUGUACAGCUGUGGCAGCAGCUACGGCAGUGAGACCAGCAUCCCGGCCGCGGCCCACACCGUCAGCAACGCCCCGGUCACUGAGUACAUGAGCCAGAACGCUAAUUUCCAGAACCCCCGCUGUGAGAACACCCCACUCAUUGGGCGCGAGUCCCCGCCGCCCUCACGCUAUCUGGCUGCCCUGGACUCUGGCAGCCACGCGGGCUGGCAGUUUAAGCCCAUGGACAGUGCCCGAACGCUGUGGUAGCUGUUCCCUCAGAGCGACAGUACACCUCCAGCAUGAGAGCCAAAUACCUCGCCACGAGCCAGCCUCGCCCUGACUCCAGCGGCAGCCACUAGACCGCGCCCGGCAGCCACCCACCCCACGUGCCAACUUCCCCUCCCCGUGCCAGCACUGCCGCUUCCACCUGGGCCACCCACCGGACCCUCGCACGCCGUGCCAGGCCUGCCCCAGACGCGUCUGCAGGCCGCGUGCCCUCCUCUCCCUCCCCGCAGGGGCACAGUGGAGACGCAGGGGCUCUGGGCCCGUACCGCCAACUCGGGUCACACCUGAACGCUGCUGCCAGCCGAUGCCCCAGCCCUGCACGCCACCCACUAUCCCGGCACGCUCCCUCUGCAGAUGGCCGCCACACCUACGAGCCCUGGCCGCACCCAACCUGUGCUGUCGCCGCCCGGCCCUUCCCUCCGCAGCUCUCCUUCCUCCCGCCCGGCACUUCUGUGGACCCCUUCUUAGUUCACAGGCAUGGCUGGGGCCGCUCUGUGCUGGCGCCUGCUGGCCACUGAGGGACAGGGACACGUGCCACCUGCUCAUCUCUGCCCUGAGGUCACCCCGUGGUCCCUCCACGUGCCCAUCUCUCUGCAGUGCCCUCCUCGCCUGUGCAGCCUGCCCACCUACAGGCUCACCCCUCCUGCCAGCUGCCAGAGGCCCCCUCCAGCAGGGCCUCUCUCCGUUGCCCCAGCUUCACUCUCUCCCUCAGCACCUGCCCUGCUGGAGGCCCCAGCCCUCCAUGGACAGCAGGAGCCACGUGGAGCCCGGGCCGCUCACCUGCCACCCAGUGCUGGCCGCCUUCUUGGUGCCAAACCCCCUUCCCCCACCCAGAGACUGGGCAGCUGUGUCUGGUUCGUUCUUUGCACUAACCACAUUUGUCAUCUCUAGGGCAGGCUGGGGCUGCGGGCUGAGGGGGACCGCUGGCACCCCCUUCCCUCCCUUCUUGGUUCCAUUUCCAUCCAUGACAGGUACAGCGUCCCAGGAGCCCGGCCUGAGGGGCUGGACCCGAGCUGGCUGUGAACAUCCCUCAGGCCCUGCUGUCCCCCCUUGGGACUAACCACUAACCUCACCCCCAAACUCCACGGGUGCCCCUGGCUGGCCCAGAGCCGGCAGUGUGAGCCCAAGUCCGGGCUGGAGCCGAGGCCGGAGCAGCUGGCUGGGAGUCAAGGCUGCAGUAGCGUUUCUUCAUGGGGUGCUCCAGGGGGUGCCACAGACCGACAGGCAGCCCAAGGGCCUGGACACCCCUCCCCAGGCAGGUGCUGCCCCAGGAGGACUGUCCUCGGGAAUGAACCUCCCGCGGGCUUUGGACUGAGGUCCCUGUGGCCUCGGUCUCCUCCCCAUGAAGUGGGAGCGAGGCUCCCCAACGGUGCUUUUGGCUUUAGUGUACGAUGUUUGCUGUGCUUUCCGCCGUGGAGGGCAGAGCCACCCCACGUCAGGAUCGGACGUGCUGCCCCUCCCGGCCCCGGCCCUGGCCCAGCCAGCCCAGCCCUCGAGGCUCGAUGCCUGUGCCAAGGCCAGGGGCAGCCAGAGGGCAGCUGGAUGGCCACUUGCAGGGGUCAAGGCUGGGCCCCGCAGUGGGGCGGGCCGCCAGCCCCAGCAGUUUACAGACGCGUGGCUCUUCCUCCCAGAGCAGCCGGCAGCUACCUGGACCGGAAAUGUCCUCAUCCCCUCCCUGGGGCCAGGCUCUGCCCUGCCCUUCCUCUGUGAACCCCUCCUUUCUUUGUGCUGGUGUCUGGGACCAAAAAGGGGGAAUAUGGGAGGGCAGAGUGGGGAGGGGAGUCCAUGGGCCUGGGGCCCCAAGCCGGGGCGUCUGAGCUCCCCAGGCAUGACCAAACCUCAGUGGAGGGGCCUCUGCUUCAGGCCCCGCCAGGCUGACAUUCUGAGCCCCCUUCGGAGGCCCUGCCACAGCCAACCUGCCCAGUCUUUCCUCUGGGCUUGACCUGCCAGGGGAGCUCUCCAGGCCUAGGGCCGGGAGAGAGGCCCUGGCACCCUGGCGUGGGUGCCCGCCAAGCGCCCUGCGACCGCUCAGAAGCACAAAUGCUGUCCAUGGCCGUGAGGCUGCCUGCCAGGUGAAUGGACAUAGCGUGAGAGGCGGUGAGGCCAGGGCUUCCAGCCUCGUGCUGUCUCGGGACUCCUGACCGUGGUGUGCGUGUGUGCCCGUCUGUGACUUUCUACUCACCAAGGUUGAAGAAAGGAAACAGGGAAAAUCAAAAGGGGUUCAAACCCCACCUCAGUAGGUGGAGGGGAGCGCCUGCCAUUGGUUGUAUUUUUGUUCUGAGUUUUCGGUGCCGUGUUCCUAACUACUCCAUCCCAUGACCUCGCCACAUCUACUGGGGACAUCUGGCUGGCGCUUGCUGCCGUGGCCAGCCCCCACUCUCACCCUGCACAGGGGGUCUUGCAGCCCCCAGGCCCACAGCCUCGUUGGGAGGACAGGGUGGCCCUGGGGACAAGAGGGAGGAGCCCAGGGGCUUACCUCACUGAGAGGGCUCCCCAGCAGGCAUCCACUACCCCAGGGCCCCCCACAUGUCAUGGCAAGGUUGGUAGUGAAUGGGCCUGGUUGGGAGCAGCCCCUGGCCCAUUGCCCACCCACCCAUCUCACUAUGCAAUUCGAGUUCCAAGCAACAUUUGCUCCUGCCCUGGGGCCAGCUCUGCCCCAGCCCUGAGAGGGGUGGUGAGGCAGCCCCCUGGACCCCAGAACCCCAGACAAGGGGGCAGGCGGGGGACCAGGGCCUCUCCUGUGGGAUCUUCGUUUUGUGUUUAACCAUAAUGGUUGUGUACUGAACCACUUCAUAUUUGUUAUAUAUAAUAUAUAUAUAUAUAUAAUCUCCUUAAGACUCAGCCUCCUGGUUUACCCCCCCGGCCUGGGCAUCUGACCUCCCCCACCGCAGUGUGAUUUCACAUCCAGGAACUGAGGCCUGAACCAUUUUGCAUUUCCCCCUCCUCCAGCCUCCGUAGGGCCAUGGCUGUAUGUACUGUCGCUGUGUUUUUUUGUUUUUUUAGAACUGGGUUUGGGGGCUGAUUUUUAUUUCUUUGGGGGCUUUAUUUUUCUUGGCAAAUACUAAAAAUCUCGUCAAUGUAAUUUCUGUGGUUUCUAUUCAGCUUGGGUUUCAUGUUUUAAAAUAAAUUUUAAAAAACAAGCC